CGGUUUGACGCAGACAAGAACAGAGGCGGAGCACACUCCACUGCGGUCUGACUGCGGGGAGAGAGGAAGGCGGUAUUAGGUGCAGCGGAUUUCCUCGGCGUCUGCCGCACACGCGCACUCGCGGUUAGCUCGUCGUAGUUAUCUCUAGGAACCGCAGCGCGUGGCGUGGGUGGCAGCAGCGACCUGCAAGAGAGCGAGUUCCUCCAAGAAGGCGAGCAAGUGAGGGUGGUCAAGAAGAGUGGUUUUGGUGUUGGGAGAAGAGGGGAGGAGUGGUUUUGGAGUCCGAGACGGCGAUGGAGAUGGACAGCCCGCGGAGCCCCGAGGCGGAGAUCGGGCACCGGGUGGAGGACCUGUGGGAGGUGGCGGAGCCGCAGCUCUCGCCGUCGGAGAAGCUCAACUCCUGCUUCGAGGACAUCCCCGUCGCAUCCUUCCCGCUCACCCACCUCUCGCAAGUAAUUGAGAUAUCUUCAGAUGCCAGUCUUGCUGAAACUGUCGAAAUAUUAUCCAAAAACAAAAUCUUGAGUGCACCUAUAAGAAAUGUUGAGGCUCCAGAAGAUGCUAGUUGGAUGGACAAAUACAUUGGUAUUGUGGAAUUUGCUGGUAUUGCCAUGUGGCUGCUCAGUCAGUCGGAUGCUGCAGCUAAUGGGACGGCUGGUUCUGCAGCAGGAUCACCUGUUGCCAAUCUAGUAGCUAGGCUGGGCUCUUUCACAUUCAGAAGGACAUCAUCGGGCAGGGUAGAAACUACUACUGAGUCAGAAUCAGAUGAAGCUGCGUCAGUUGCUGGAAGCUUUUUUGAAACCCUUACUUCCUCUGAAUUCUACAAGAAUACAAAGGUUGGCGAUAUCUCAGGGAGCUUCCGGUGGGCACCAUUUCUUGCACUGCAGAUGUCUGACACAUUCCUUACCAUGUUGCUGCUUCUAUCCAAGUACAGAAUGAAGAGCCUGCCUGUUGUAGAAGUGGGAGGAGAUAAGAUUGAGAACAUCAUCACACAAUCUUCUGUUGUGCACAUGCUUGCAGAAUGUGUUGGACUUCCCUGGUUUGAGAGCUGGGGAACCAAGAAACUCUCUGAACUGGGGCUUCCUAUCAUGAAGCCGUACAAACUUGUCAAGAUAAAUGAAGAUCAGCCGGUCCUAAAAGCCUUUCAACUGAUGAGGGAAAAAGGAGUUGGCGGACUGCCAGUUAUGGACAGCAGUGCAGCAAAAGCAAUUGGUAAUAUUAGCAUCAGAGAUGUCCAGUAUCUUCUAACUGCCCCCAAGAUAUACAAAGAGCACAGGACAAUCACAGCGAAGGAUUUCCUUACGGCGGUCCGACACCAUCUUCAGGAGCAACAUGUGGCCUCGCCCUUGCUACAUGGUGUCAUCACAUGCAAAAAGGAUGAUACGAUCAAGGACGUCAUAUUGAAGCUGGACUCCGAAAAGAUCCACAGGAUCUAUGUCGUGGAUGACGAAGGGAACACCGAGGGGGUUAUCACACUGAGGGACAUAAUCUCCAAGCUGGUACAUGAGCCGCGCCAUUACUUUGGGGAUUUCUUUGAUGGUGUCGUUCCCCUUCCUCCAAACAGCACUGUAUGACACCGCUUGGCGAUCCAUAUCGCAAUGAUGUACAUGUGCAAAUGUUCAUUAUGAACUGUUCUCUUCUGAAGUUUUUCUUUGUUUUUUGCUGUGUAUUCCGUUUAACAACCUCCUCAGGUAAACAGACUAUUGCCUACAGGGGGGGGGGGGGGGGGACUAAUGUGCUAAUGGACGGAAAUGGUGUACAUUGAAUAAUUAGGGAAGUACCUGAGCAUACUUUCGUAUGUUUUCGUGAUGAUAA